AAAAAAAAAAAAAAAUCAGGUGAACUAAUUCCAACAGAUUUGCUUGUUUUGGGUUUGUACUGUUGUACAUACUCCGUACUUGACAGGUCGAAAAAGUAAAUACAGGUUUUCAGUCACAGCAAAUUAAUUCCAUAAAAAACGGUUAAACCUGAGCUCUGCAGUUUUUGGGUUUCAUGCGCUUUCACUCUCUCCACCAGUUUCUCUUUCCUACUUUCUCUAUCUAACAACUUCGAACCACUGCCAUGGCUGCCAGUAGCUUAGGUAUUUCAAAAACACAAAUUUUGAGCUCGAAGCUUAAAUAUAGGAGCAGCUUAUCUUUGACAUCCUUCCCAUGUGUUAUUCAAGCUGGAAGUAGGCCAAAGUCAUGGAAGCAUUCAGGUUUAAAAAUGUCACAAACUUCACAUAAAGAAUUAAUUAUAUGCCGUGCUCAAGCAUCAUUGACCACUGAAAGUGAGCCAGCUACUUCAACAUUAGAAAAGGGAGAAGAGCAAAGUAACCUUUCUGGUCCGGUUAGCCAGCUUAUUCCAGAUUCAGACAAGGUGAAAUUACUGCUGACAGAAAUAUGCGAUACAACAUCAAUUGCAGAAUUUGAACUGAAACUUAAUGGUUUUCACCUCCAUGUAACGAGGGAGUUGUCUAAGGCUGUUGACCCUCCACCUCUGCCUCCAUCUGGUUCAGCUUCAAUGAGUUCAAACACAGCAGUAGAGGCACCUUCUUUGAAUGGUCCAGUCUCGCCAUCGUCACUAGCCAUCACCAAGGCUGAGCCUCUAGACAUUGUUGCUGACACCUUGCUUGAGAGAGCGGCAAAUGAAGGAUUGGUAAUAAUUCAAUCUCCAAAGGUAGGGUUUUUCCGGAGAUCUCGAACCAUAAAAGGAAAGCGUGCACCUCCAGCUUGCAAAGAGAAGCAGGUCGUUAAGGAGGGGCAAGUGAUUUGUUACAUUGAGCAGCUAGGUGGCGAGAUACCAGUUGAGUCAGAUAUAUCUGGUGAAGUCACAAAGAUCCUAUGCAAGGAUGGCGAACCUGUGGGAUAUGGUGAUGCUAUAAUCGCGAUCCUCCCAUCUUUUCCUGGGAUAAAGAAGCUACAACUGGAAGGAUAACACACCUUAUUUCUAUCCGUUGGUUGAAACAGGAGCACAAGCAUUGAUGCCUCAAAAUCUGUUUGCUUUGCCUCCAGGAAACCAAUGUUUAACUUUUAUUUUAAUAUAAUUAUUUUACAGGGUUAUUGGAUUUUCCAGUAGUAUUUCCAGCCCAUUUUGGUUGGGAUUGCAUAAAGCUGUUUAUCCUAUUCACCUUCUGUAAUUAUACUCUCCAUUUUUCCCCAAACUAGAUAUUUUUUGGAACUAUUUCCCGUGGACAA